UUCUUUUUAUUGGCGUGCUAGAGGAACUCAUGGCAAGAGCAUGGUUAUCCCCCUCACCUACCUGAAUACCGGGUCUCCCUAGAAGGAGCGAAAAAGGCCCAUUCCUAGCCCGCUUUCCGCUUCCCAGACCCAGUUCCAGCGACAAGUCCCCAGCAGCAGGUGCACCGCACCCAGCAAAAAAGCUAUUGCUUGACGUCCGUCCCGCCUCCCUCCCACUGCUUGGUGCUUGGGGUGCUGCAAGUACAUACAGUACCGCACCACAGCGAAACACGGCAGGUUCCUUAACCUUAACCACUGGAACCUUAAUCUACCUUUUUUAACAUACAUACAGCCGGAAUAACUCUACCGCGAACUUCUACUCUUGCUCCCUUCAAUUAUUCCUUUUACCUUUAACUUUUAUUUAUCUUUUUGCUUAUUGAUCGCAUAUAUUUCCAUAAAUAUAUCUAUACAUAUAUAUACACGGCUAACCUCUAACUGCGCGGUAUUUUGACGAUCGACAAGGCGGCUGGAACGAAACUAGUACUCCAUUCCCAUUUUAUACAAUUCCGUUGUGCGAAAAAAAUAAAUAAAAGAACGAACUCGAUGGUCAAUUAUUAAUAAAUCGGGAGGAUUAUCGUUGGACCCGACCAUCGAGGGUCCUGAACCCGCAUAAAGACGAACCAGCCAGUCGGCCAUGUCGAACAACGAUCAAUCCGUGAGGAGGCUUCUGCCGCAGAGCUCAAAUUCCUCUUUGAACUCGUUUCAAUUUGCGCCGCAAACUUACCAACCUCCAAGGGAGACCCAGAAGAAUUAUGUCUUCGUGGACGAACAUAACCGACACAAGCGGUUGAAGGUGAUGAGAGCAUGCGAAGGCUGUAGGAGGAGAAAAAUCAAAUGUGAUGCCGCCACAACAAAUACAUGGCCUUGUUCGGCCUGCAUACGGCUGAAGCUUCAUUGCGUGCGACCAAAUGGCCAAUAUGAAGGAUCACCGACGGAUACGCAGUCUUACGAGGCUGGACCGUCAGAAUACAACAUCGCGUCCAGUUCAGAUAGCUUUAGGCAAAUGCCUUUACAGCAACAACCGUCGCAAUCUAUGAUGGGUGGACAACCGAAACCUACUAUGUAUCCGACACCUGGGCCUUAUUCUGAGCAUCAAGGCGUAUAUCCUCCCAUGCCAUACGGGGAUCCGCCACCACCACCGCAUCAACUUCAAUAUACGACUAUUCCUUCCCAAGUGGGUGUUAUGGACCAGUCGUAUGCUGCAUCCAGCGUAUUUCCGACUCCGCCAAUGCACCAGCAUUCUGCGCACUCGGAAUCUUCCCCUGAAUCUUACCAACAAGAUCAGUACGGCCAACAAGAUCUUGCUGAUAUUUUAGGAGCGCUUAAGGUUAAUGAAGCGGGCACAGCCCCGUAUUUAAAUAAUAAGUUGGCCCGUAGCGGAAACGAAGAUGAACCUGUUGUCGAAGAUGCCGAUGAAUAUAAAGACGUAUUACCACCUAUGCCUUCAGGGCCUGGGUUAAAGAUACGAAUACCACCAGAAUUAAUGCCGGACGAUGGAACCAUCUUACAUUACUUUGAUCUUUAUUUCACCAAUGUACACCCCUACGUGCCAGUGUUAAACAAAACCCAAUUAUACCAACAGUGGCAUACGAAUCGAGAGUCUAUAUCACCAUUAUUGCUCGAAGCAAUAUUUGCAGUCGCCGGUCGUCUCGCUGAUGAACCGGCACAAGGACAGCAAUGGAUUGCUCUCGCUUCGAAACACGCCGAUUCUUUUAUGGACGUACCACGUUUAAGUACUCUCCAGGCUCUCCUCAUUAUCCUAAAAGCUAGGGAGGCCUCGCCGAAACGUGGCUAUUACUACCGAUCCUGGAUGUCAAUCGUACAUUGUGUCGCUAUGGCUAAAGAUCUCGGACUCGACGAGCAUUUAGAUACCCAUAGGGCUGGUAAAACCUGUGGUUCUCCCCAUGCUGAAUGUUUAACGAAAAGCCGGAUAUGGCAAACGAUUUUCGUAUGCGAGACUAUGAUAGCCGCACCUCAAGGGCGGCAAGAUCUAUCUGUAGAUUCUGAUAGUGUUGACUUCAGCAUUCCAAGGCCUAUGGCUGGUUGUGACGAAACUGAAUUUCAUGCUAGUCGAAAUUUCGCGUUUCUAGCACGCGUAGCUCGAAAUCUCAACCGGGUGAACGCCGUUUAUGCUAAGAUUAAGAAGAAGAAGGAGUGGGGUCUCGACCCUGAAUUAGUGAACCUCAAUCCGACUAUAACGGGUUGGCUUACCGACCUUCCAAAUGAUUUACAGAUAUCGUUCCCAACGAACGGGUCACCACCAUGGCUUCCAUCACAUUUUAUUGGGAAUAUGCAUUCUUAUUACUAUUUGAGUGUUAUCAUUCUCCACCGACCGCAACUGAGUUUCUUGGAACCGCUGGGUGCCGACGGACAGUGGAAAUCGCACAUGUUCCUCUGUUACUCGUCAGCAAAGGCGUUAUGUCGUCUUCAAGAGUCGAUGCUGCAGUCCUUCGGCUUAAGCGGACUUCAAUGCAUGCAAAGAGGCAUCAGUUUCACCAUCUACGCCAUCCUGUCUUGCAUUGUUCUCCAUCUUGUUGCGUUGACUUCUCCUGAUCCAGAACUCAAUACCGAUGCCCGAGAUUAUUUCACUCGGCAUAUGAGGGUAUUAGAAAAAACGAUGCAAUCUUGGCCACUGCCGGAGAUGCUGAAACAGAUCGACGCCGUACGAGAAGCUUUCUCGGCCGAUAUCCGAAAACCAUUCGUCUUAAAACCAAGCUUUCCUUACGGAAGUCCACACCCUAGUAGUCAUUCGAGCCCGCCUACUGCGAAUACGUUCAAGCCUCCAAUGCUCCAGACCAGUUCGUUGGAUCCAAGCAUGGAUUCACAUACCGGCCAGCAUUCGCAAGUUAGUUAUGCCAACCAUCCUAUCACACCUAUCUCUGCUGGUUCCGUGGACACCAAGAGUGACUCUCCUGCGCAGUCGCUCUCCCUAAUGAAUCCCGGCCAGAGUGCCCAUGCCUCGGCACUCUCGGGUGGGAUACCAUUAGGGGAGCAUCCCACAUGGAAUCCCUCGCGUUUAUUUGAUCAAUGGAGCUCGACUUUCGGUACGCAACAAAUCCAACCCCAGCCUACUUCAGUGGCUCCACAGUCCAGUUCUCUAAGUGUUGCCUCAUCUUCAGGUGCCCCCGAAGUCCCGACUUCCCACGACAUUCAACUCGGAAGCGGGUCUCUACCGGCAGUAACGCAGCCUAUGCCUCAAUAUUCAGCACCGCCUGUGCAAGCUUUCGUAACGCCGGCUAUGUGGCAAGAAUCCGUAGCCAGCGUUUACGAAGGUGGUCUCAAGCGACAUUGGGAUUACGACAACGGCACCUCAAUCUCUGAACCAGUGAAACGCCGCUGA